AUGUUGAACUCGUCCGACGUCGAUUUAUUGAUGAAAUUGAAUACAAUUUCAAUACAAUUCAAUCGCUAUUUCUCAAUAUUUAUUUUCCUUUUCGGUUCUGUUGGAAAUCUUUUAAACUGUUUGGUCCUUUCUCAACCUUCACUCCGAUCCAAUCCAUGUGUGUUUUAUUUUCUCAUUUCAUCUAUUGCCAAUAUGAUUUCGAUAUGUUCUGGUUUAACAACCAGAAUCCUAUCAGGAUGGGAUAUGGACUACACCGAUACUAAUGUCUAUAUGUGUAAAAUUCGUGCAUUUUUCAUGUUUGUUUCUCGAUCAGUUGCUUUCUGGCUUAUCGCAUUGGCAGCAGCCGAUCGUUACCUUUCGUCCUCUCAUCUAUAUCACCGACGACAAUUGAGUUCACUCGAGAACGCUCAGCACGGAACAAUAUUUGUUAUCAUCUUUUCGUUAUUGAUCUAUUGUCAAAUACUUUAUUGUUACGAUAUCAACAUCAUAUCAGCACCGUUACAUUGCUAUGGUAAAACAGUCAUCUGUCGGCUAACUACCGACUUAACUUAUGGUAUUAUUACAAUAGCAUGCCCAUUAUUAAUAAUGUUCGUUUGCGGAUUAUUAACUAUAAGAAAUGUGCGUAAUCAGUAUGAUGCUGCAUCCGGAAGGAAACAUUUGAUUGAUGUUAAUUAUAGCGCGACAAAACGAACAUUGAGUUAUCAAUAUCGACGUCGAAAACGAAUCAAUCGAUAUUUAUGUCAUGUUCUCUUUGUUCAAAUUGUCUUUCUCGUCGUUUUGACGACUCCACAAGCAAUUGAAAAAUUUUACACAACACUAACGAUUUAUCAGAUUAAAUCAGAUUUACAUGUUGCUAUAAAUAAUUUCAUAUAUAAUUUUGCCCUUCUACUGACUUAUCUAGCUAGUGGAAUGACGUUUUAUAUAUACACAUUAAGUGGUGGAAAUACAUUUCGUAAUGCGCUUUUUGAUUUGUUCAAAUAA